AUUCUGAACAGCUCUAUUGGCUUUGAAGCUCUUUCGUUCUGUGCACAAUAGCGCCCCAAGCGGUCGUUUACUUCACUGCGACAUAGAGCAAAUAUAAAUUAACUGUUUCACAUAACCGUUGGCCGGUACGAAUUCGCCCAUGAUUUGAAAUUCUGUAAGCUCUUCAAUGAUGCUUUAAGGAGAUUCUGUGAAUGUCUCAAAACAACGUAUGUGAUCGAAUGGUAAGACUUUGAACGACAAUUCAUCUUUAUGACAGUUUGUAACUUGAAGGCAAGAAACAUGGAAUGUUCUACAGUGGAUUGUGCAGAUUAUACAGACGAGUCCGAUCCCUUUACAUUUCCUCAAGUGAAGCCUUUGUACUCGAAACUAUUGAAUAGAGCUAACAGGUCUACGAGGAGGCCACCGCUAAGGCCAUUCCAAUUCAUUGAGGAGUCCCAGACUGAUGUGCCAGUGCAGACUGAAGAUCGAGCAGAAGGCCAAGAGUGUGAAGACGAUUCCUUUUCAAUCAAUUCUCUUUCAGGAGACCUGAAGCAACAUGUCAGCAUUGAGUCUCGCCCUCGAUCAGGGCUCAGAAACUCUGUUAAUGAAAGUUCUCAUUUUAAUGUAAUGACACCAAUUCCUACAAAACUUCAAGCUUAUUCUUCUGUACAGCGUAGUGUCUUGGUGAAAAGAGUUCUAAAAACUCCUGGUUCCAAAUCCAAUGAAAAUAGUUCUUCAAAAGAUUUAAAACUUUUACAAUGCCCUGUUGAUGUUGAAACUCUUCCAAAAGUUACUGAAGAUAAACUGUCUGUGGGGAACAGGAGUAAUAGGGGUGGGAGAGUACUGAAAGAUAUUUUGAAUUAUGAUCUUAGUGGUGAGAAAUCUGUUGAUGCUAUGAAGACAAUACGUGAUUCCAAAGGCAUAAAUACUGAAAAGAAAGAUGUUUUUAUAAUGCCAUCAAUUGCAUAUCGGAAAGAGACUGGUGUUCCUGAGUUCUCCAGAAAAUCUCCAAAAGCUUUCACCAGAAUGACUCCAGGAAUUGAAAUGGAUAAAAACAGAAGAAACAAUGCAAUGAAGUUGCAGUAUAGGAAUGGAGAUGUAGAAUAUCCUGAGAUACCCAAGCAAGUUAUUUCCAGAGAAACAGAAAAUGAAAAACAAGAAAUGAUAAAUCAUAACCCAAGCAUAUUCAACAGGACGCAGCCUUCUGUAUUGUCAAUAAAUAAUGUACAGUAUACGAUUCUCAGCAAAUUGGGCCAGGGUGGAUCUAGCCAGGUUUAUCAGGUUUUGGAUAGUAAAACUUCAUCCCUCUUAGCUGUGAAAUGUGUAAAUCUUGUCGAAGCUGAUGAAGCCACUGCAAUGGGUUACUUAAAAGAAAUAGAGAUGCUUUCAAAACUUCAAAGUAGUAAUCGUGUAAUCAAAUUGUUGGAUCACCAGUAUUUAAAGCAACAACAGGUACUUUAUGUGGUUAUGGAGAAGGGAGAUACUGACCUAUCUACACUACUCAAGCUAAUGACAAAAUCAGGAGAUGUUUCUCUCCCAAUGAUUAUAUAUUAUUGGACAGAGAUGCUUCAUGCUGUUAAGCAAAUACAUGACCAUGGCAUUGUACAUGCAGAUUUGAAGCCUGCCAACUUUUUAUUGGUGUGUGGUCGUCUCAAACUCAUAGACUUUGGUAUUGCUUCUGCCAUUCAAACUGAUGCAACUAGUGUUAUUAAGAGUACCAUGCAUGGGACAUGUAAUUAUAUGAGCCCUGAAGCAAUUCAAGAUCCAGGUGAUUCAUCUAGGACAAAGGUGGGCUACAAGUCAGAUGUAUGGUCUCUUGGAUGCAUCUUGUACAACUUGUUGUACCGAAAAACUCCAUUCCAACAUAUUACAAACAAUAUCAAAAAGUUACAAAUUAUAGCGACUCCAAGCCACAGGAUUGAAUUUCCACCAGUUGACAAGUGCCCUCCCCCUCUCAUGGAUGCCUUGAAAUGCUGUUUAGCAUAUGAUGCCAAAAAAAGGCCAUCUGUAGCUCAACUACUUGCAAUAGAUUACAUUUGGCCAACAAGCUACUAAAAUCAUUUUCUGACAUUGAAGGUGGCAAAAUUUGUUUGAUAUUAUAUCUUUUGUGUAUGAUGAUUGUUUUAUAAUUGUAAUAUUUGAAUGUAUGGCUUUAAUUUUUGUAUUAUAUGCUGCAGUAGAUUGUGUGAUUAUAUACUUGAAAUUGUGCCAGAUAUUUUUUUAGUCAUGUUAAUAGAAAAUCUGGUAUUAGCUUUAAUGUAUGACAUGAGUAGAUAACUAUUUUGUAUACAUGUAUCUUUUCAAUAACUUUUAUGGCAUUUGUAUAUAAACUUACCCAUGAUUAUUUAAGACUGAUUUUAUAUAUUAGAAUAUAAGUUCCUGGUGUGCUUUACUUGGUGUGUUCUUUUGUGAAUUUGUGAAUGGGACUCUUUCAACGUAUGAGAAAUGAGUACUAGUAGAGGGGUGUUUAUCAGAACUGUGUUGCAGAACAGUUGAAGGUGAAAAAAAUAUCAAUGAUGAAUAUCCAUGCAUUGGAGAUAUAACCAUUUGAAUUUUUUGCGAACAUUUCGUCUUAAAGUAGGUUAUUUAUUUUAUUAACAAAUCAAAAUAUAGUCACAGUAGACUUUAUUAGUUCACUGGAUAUUGUUCUUUGCAUGGUUUGCUAGUUUUGUGUAAAUAAUGAAGUUGAUUUGAGAAAGUAAGUUUGUGGUCCUUUGAAGAAAUGAAAUGUGAAAUAUAUUACUCCAAAUGCUUAAAAACAUCAAAUAAAAACAAAGCAUUUGACAAAACUUAAACAAAAUUUUACUUUUGCUCUCUACACUGGAAUGUUAUUUUCCAAUGAUAUUCUUCAUAAUGAAAUCUUGUUAAAGAAAAAUUUUAAAAAAAAAUAUUUUUUUUUGCUUUGCUAACCAGGACUGGUAUAUUUUGAAUUUGUCAUGUAUCGAAGACAUGACCAACGUUCAUGUGAACAUAGUUGAUAGUUGACACUAGUUGUAAACGAUGUACUUUGUUAAAAUUGGCAAUUAACAAAAACAUUAACCUAGCAUUACUUUUUUGUGAGGCUAUGUGAAGGGGUGAAAAAAUUACAUGAAUUUGUCCACCUUCAACAAUUUUUUCAGGAGAAUAAUUUAAAGCAAGUGGAACCCAAUAUUGUUCUUACAAAUAUUGUAAAAAUUGAAACUAUUGGAAAAUGCAAAAUACUUAAUGAAAUUUAUAAUUGUUUCAAUAAAAACCUGUAAUUUAGAAACAAACACAAGUUUUUUUUUGUAAUUACGGGUUUUAUUCCAGGACUUAUGGAAAAUACAUUUUAUUUUGCACACUACAACAGUCUUAUAUAAAGGAUUACAUUGUAAAAUAUUUUUUGCUUUGCCAAAUUAUGAGAAUUAAUUCAUUUUCCUUUCAAAUCAUGUUGCUUAAUUGUUGAUGGAAGCUUUAUUCUACAAUUGGGCUGAUGUUGGCUGGUGGCAGAAAAUAAACAUUACUAUUAUACUAUUUACAAAUACAUUACAUACAAUAGCAAUUACAAAUAAACUACAUACAAUUAAAAAUUUAAAAAAAUUCUUUGUCACUACCUAGCACUUGCCGAUCGCAUUUACAUAUAUAUCAGUGGCUGCUCUUGCCCUCAAAGAAUAAUUGCAUUAGGGGUAAAACUGAUGCUAAGACUAGUAUACAAUGAAUUUAUGUCUUUUCAGAAAUGUACUCUACUAGUAAAUUUCACAUUUUUCAAGACAUUCCCAUUUCCACAAUAUCAGUUAUUAUUUCAAAUUAUAAGUAAAGAACAUUUGUAUUUACCUCUCUGUAAAAGAAGUCUGCAUGCCCUUCCUGGUUCGUAAAUGUUUGUGAAUGACCUCCAGAACUUAACAUUUAAAUUACAAAAGAGAGCAAUGGAAUAUAAUUGUAAAAUGUCAAUCAACAAAAAUAAGGCUGUGGAUUUCCGGAGUAAACAUCCCAUUUGGAAAAAAAAUAGUAAUAAACAUCACUAUCGAACAAGUAUUCAACUUCCAAUAUUUAUGACGCUACAUAGCAUAUCUUAAUGACAUUGAUGUACAACAAAAAAUAUCUAAAUUUCAGGCUAUCUGCGAUACUAUCAAAUAAACGUUGGGAAAGAAAGUUCGAAAAGAGACCAAACUCAAGCUUCAUAAAACAAUGGCCAUGCCUACUCUUCUGUAUGGAUGCGAAACAUGGGUAACAACACCUAAAGAAAACAAG